GUCAUGUUCCUCCUGCAGAAGGAGUCGCCAGAGUCACUGGAUUCUAUGCAGACUCAGUUUGCGAAACUGCUGAAGGGGCCAGAUGACGAUGAAGACCUGACGAGAGAGAAGAGCAGGAUCAUCGCGCAGGGCAAAACUGCUGGCUUCUGCUUGCAGCUGUGGCUGCUGACGAA